AUCACUGCCGAGGAAUUCCUAGCGCAAAAUUCAGACGUACUAAACAUUUCUCCGGAUGAUAAGGGCAUAACAUACAAUUCCUAUCGUGCUGUGAUUGUUCGUGGCUCUGCCAAAAUGGAGUGUUUCAUUCGAAUACCGAGUAAUUAUCCAUUGGAAAUGCCACUCUGGAUAUUGAGUGUGCAUUGGAACGGUCGCCGUACAUCGCAGAAUAAUGCAGCUAUCAAGAUGAUGGAGUACUGGACCAACUCAUUGCAACCCCAACAGCUGGAAGCAAAUUAUCGUAUUCUGUACGCUCAGCUUUUCCGAACUAUUUAUAGUUUUGACAUCUUUCUGGAGACAGAAGGAAGGCUCAAUGCAGACGACUAUAGAAUACACCAAGGAAAAGCCUUAUAUAAGUGCAUUUGCAAAACGAUGCCGAUUGCGUCCAUAUAAAUACAUAAAAAAGGGUUCCGUACACGCAUUCAAACAAUAAGGACCUAAAAACAAAUAUAGGAAUAUGGUUUUGUAAAAAAAAAUCAAAAGCAGUUACUAAACAUCUUCACAGUUCCUGUUUAUUAUGCAAUGCAUAAUUGCAAUAAUGCAAUAAAUAAGUAACAUUUAAAUCUA